UACGAGGGCUGCUACACCGACUCAGUAGAGCGCGUACUCACCGGCCUAUGGACCCAAGCAUCCGACCUGACGGCUGAAAAGUGUGCCGCUAUCUGCACCAAAUACAAGUACUAUAUUCUCGAGUAUUACAAGCAUUGCUUCUGCGGAAACAGCCUCGAGGGACACACAAAUGAAGUUCUAGAGAGAUAUUGCAAUAGCAAGUGUGGGUGCAGUAGUAAGAUGUGUGGUGGCAGUAUGCAUUUGAGCCUGUAUUCUAAGAAGAUUUGA